AUGAAGUUGAAAUUUGUACAUUUUUUUAAUUUUAAAACAUACAGAGGAAGUGUUACACUCGGUCCUCUCGCCGAUUUAAAUGGAAUUAUAGGAGGAAAUGGAUCUGGUAAAUCAAAUUUAAUUGAUGGUAUUAUGUUUGCAUUAAACGCUGACAACGAAAAAUUGAGAGUUAGUAGAAUGGAUUUUCUUAUUCAUGGUAGUAAUACAAGGACACCCUUAUCAAAUAAUUGUUCUGUAGAAUUAGAGUUUUGGGAAUGUGGAACAAAAACUCUUACACUUAAAAAAAAAAUAUUUUAUAACUUUAAUAAUAAAACCUCAUGGCCUGAAUAUGAGGUAAAUGGAGAAAUUGUAUCAUUAGAUGAUUAUAAGUUGGAACUUAGUAAAUUACAUAUUUCAAAUGGAUUAAAUAAUAUUGUCGUUGGACAAGGAGAUAUUGGUUUUAUUAUACAAAUGAGUCCUCAACAAAUAACAGCAUAUAUUGAAGAAAUGGCUGGAAGUGGAGAGGUAGUACAAAGAUAUAAGUCAUUGGAACAAGAACUAGAAGGUUAUGACUCUCAAAUAAGAGUUUUAAAUAAGAGCAAAAAAGGCAGUUUAAAUGAAAGGAAAAUCUUGGAAAUUUUACAAGAAAAUGAAGCUAAAAAUACUGCUCUUAAUGCACAAUUAGAAGAAAGCACUAGGAAAAGGGUUAAUUUAGAAACUUUUAAACUUCUUUCAGAUAUAUCUUUAAAGAAAAACCAACUAACUCUUUUUGAAAAAGAUGUUGAUGAAAAAAAUAAAAAAAUACAAGAAACUGAGGAAAAAAUUAAAGAAUACGAUAAUAAAAGACAAGAACUUCUUAAUAAUAAGAAAGUUAAUUACAAUAAUUUAUUGAAACAAAAAAAAGAAUUUAAUAGAAAUAUGAAUUUAUUGUACGAAAUGAAAGAUAAACACAAAGUAAAAAACAAAUUGUUUGAAGAAAAUUUAAAAAGACAAGAAAGAUAUAUUACAGAAGAAAAAUGUUUAAAAGAACGUAUUGCUGUGAUUGAUGAACAAAUUUUAAAACAGCAAAAUGAACAAGAAAAAGCUCGAAAGGCCUAUAAUUCAAUAGUUGAAGAUGAUUUACAAAAAGUUACCAUGACUGAAGAAUUUAAGAAUUUAGAUUAUAAAUAUAAAUCUCGGAAUAACUUUUUAGAAUUUUCAAUAAAGUACAAUGAAUCAUGUUUAGAACAACUGAAUAAAAAUAAAGAAGUUAAUUGUUCAAUGUUAGAAAAAGUAUUAUAUAAAAAGUCUAUUCUUGAAAAUGGAAUAAAAGCUUAUGAUAGUGAGAUUAAAAAUCUUGAGGAUGGUAAAAAAGAAUUAGAAAAUAAAUUAAAUAAAAGUAAAAGCAUUCAAGAAGAAUUAUCACUAAAUGUUUGUCAUAUAUCUAAUGAAGUAAAAGAAAUAGAAAAUAAAAUUCAAUGUAUCAAAAAGGAUAUAACAAAAAAAAACAUGUUGAAAAAAAUAAGAGACAAAGAUUUAAAAGCAAAAGAUGUUGUAGAAAAAUUGAAGGAUAAAUUUGGUAAUAAUAUUUUAGGUCGUGUUGAGGAUCUUUUAAAGUGUAAUGAAACAUCAAAAAGUGAUCUAUUUUACUCUUAUAUUUUUGAAAAAAGAAAUAUAAUUGUUGUCAAAGACUUUGAUUCUGUACUGAAUUGUAUUGAUUUUAUCAAUGAAAAUAACAUAGGAAGAACAGAUAUUUUAUCAAUAGAUUCUCUUCCAAUAUUAAGAGAUGUAAUUGGUUCUAGUGCAAUUUAUACAAGUAAUAAUUACAGACCAUUAAAACCAUUGGUAACAUCAAAUGUUGAAGAAGCAGAACAACUUGUUGAUUAUGUAUGUAACAAUAUUUUGUUUUGUGAUAAUAUUGAUGUAGCAAUUUCACUAAGGAAGGAUAGUCGUUAUGAUGAAUGCAAGAUUGUUGUUAAUGAUGGAACAAUAUUUUAUAGGAAUCGAAUUCAAUUAAAUGCAAUGUCACUUAAUGUAUUAGGCGAAAUAGAUAAUUAUAAUGAAAAAGUUAUUGAACUAAAUAAAUUGGAGCUUCAAUUAGUUUUCAGUAAAGACAGGGAAUACGAAGUUAACAUGAAGUUAAAUGAUAUUGAAUCAAAAAUAAAAGAUCUUGAAGCGGAUAUCAAAGUAGAAAGUAAUACAUUAAAUGAAAAAUUAUCUGAAAAAACAAAGUUGAUAAAUGAAUUUCAAUGUUUAGAACUAGAAGAGAGCACAAUCAUAGGAAACAUUUCUGAAAAUGAUAAAGAUUUAAGUAUGAUACAAGAAAAAUUAAGCGAUUUAGUUGAAUCUAGAAAGUUAUUAAAAGAUGAAAUUUUUCGUAGUUUUUUAGAAAAAUAUAACGUAAAAUCAUUGGAUUCUCAAGAUUAUUCGUCGAACGUUCAAGAUUUUUUGAAAGUUAUUGAUGGAAUUCAAGAAAAAAUUAAUUGUUUGCAAGAAGAAAAGAAUUCACUUGAAAUAUCAGCUUCUUCGCAACAAUUACUUUUGCUUGAAAUUGAACUUGAUGGUAAUAGGAAUGAGAUAACAAAUUUAGCAGAAGAUAUAGAAAAAUUGUCUCAAUUUACAAAAGAACUAAAAGAAAACAUAACAAGUAAUGAAUCACAUAUUGAAAAGUGUAAUUUUGAAUUUAAGGAACUAGACAAAGCUAUCAAAGAAUUGAAGUCAUGGCUUGAUAUUUUAAAAGCUGAUUCUACAAAAACUAUUGAAUCUUUAAAACUUCAAAUUUUUGAUUUUCAGAAAAAAAUUUCUUUAAUCAUUAAAAAAUAUGAAUAUAUUAAACUUGAUGAGCACUUAUCUAUUGAAUCUUUUGAUAAAUCAUAUUUAGCUGAUAUAUAUGGAGUUAUGUUUGAAGAAUCAUUGGAUAGUUUGUUAAAUCACGCGAUUGAAAUUGAAGAAAGUAUUAAAAGUGAAAUUAAUACUUUGAAUUUUUUGGAGACACAUAAACUUCAAUGCGAAUCAUUGAAAAAAAAAUUUUCGUUUUUAGAUUCUGAAUUGGAGGGAGUGAAAUUCAAAAGAAAAGCGUGUUCAGAAUUAUUUAGAAAUGUAAAAAUAGAAAGAAAAAGAAAAUUUGAAGAACUAUACAAUCUACUAAAUACAAAAAUGGAAGAAUUUAUGCAUAAAUUAUUUAGAAGUUUUGAUUGUUCUUUUUAUAUGCAAUGCAAUAUGGUUUCAAUGGAACCAUAUCUUGAAGGAACUCAUAUAUAUUGCCAACUUCCAGGGAAACAGCUUCGUGAGUUAAGUCAAUUAAGUACUGGAGAAAAGAAAAUUGUAUCAUUGUCUAUGAUAUUGGCUUGUCAUCAAAUAACUUCACCUCCAUUUUUAAUUUUUGAUGAAGUUGAUGCUAAUAUGGAUCAUGAAAAAUUGAAGUAUCUUGUAGCAACUUUAAGAUCACUUCGAAGUGAUGUUCAAUUUAUUAUUGUAUCUCAUAUUGAAGAAGUUUUUAAUCAAUGUGAUGCCGUUUUUGGCGCUGUGGAUGUUCAAAAUAAUAGAGUGCAAGUAACUAAUAUUUUUGUUAUUGACUUAAAAGAAUAUAACUAA